AUGAGUCUCCUUCAAUCAUCGGGCAAUCUCUCUGUUGCCAACCAUAACCUGAACAACAACCACUCGUCGUUGAGCUCAAUCACCACAACACAAACUGAAUUCACUGAAAUUAAACGUAUCACUGAUCCACAACAAAUCAAAGAACGUCGUGAAAAAGAAUUCAAUGAACAAGCACGUCUCUUGAAAUUUGAACUCUCUCUUCAACUUGAACCUUUUUAUUGUCAAGACAUUCCACAAGAUCAUUUCAUUCAAAUAAUUGUUGCUGAAUACAAUUAUAAUUUAUCAAAAUACUCUGUGAUUGGUAUGACUGAAUGUGUCAAACAAAUAUUUACAGAGAAUCGAGAUGAUCGAAUCAUGUUAGGAGAUUAUCAUUUUGUGAAACCCAUUUCAAGAACAUUACAAUUUGGUUGUCAACAGAAAGUGAAAUUAUUUGUGAGAUUUGUGUCACCUAGUGAUGCAAAACACAUGAUGAGUACCACUUCCUCUUCUCUCUCCAACUCGACUCAAAGUUUCAGUUACUCCUUUUCCAAUCUACAACAACAAUCACAAGUUGAAUUGGAUUCAAAUCUUCUCGAAACAGAUCAACGUAUUGUAUGUGAAAGUGAUGAAUUCACCAUUGCUGAAUUGUUAAUGAUGGUUCCAGAUAUCAAUCUCACUGCACAAGAAAUUAUGGACUAUAGAAUGCAUUCUCGAGUGAUUUCAUUCAACAAACUUUUGAAUCAUCACACAUUACAAAAAGAUUCACAACUUCCAAAAGUGAUUUGUAAAUUAAUCACACCACCUCCACGUGAUCAUGUGGUAGAAAGAGAAACCACUGAAACUGGUCACAUUAUUAUUAAGGAUAUUUCACAAUAUGGUGAGGUAGAAUCCAAGAGAUUUUCAAUUACUCUUAAAUUACAAAUUAGAGAUUGUCCAGCAUUGGAUCGAUUCUCAAGUUCUUCAUCAAAUCCUUAUUUCAUUGUUUACAAAGAUGGUGUGAAAUUUAAACAACGUCUCUAUACAAGUGAAGUGAAAAAGAAGACUCUCAAUGGUACCUAUCGAGUAUUUUCAUUUGGAUUAGAAGGUGAAAGAUCAUUGGAGAAACCCAUGUUGAUUGAAUGGUGGCACUUUAAUGAAAUUGGAAGAAAUGAAUUCAUUGGAAUUGUUCGAACUGACAUUUUGGAUAUUAGAGAUGGUAAAAUUGAAUUUAAAAUUAUUAAUCCAGAUACUCCCAAUGCUUUCCGUGGUACAAUGCAUGUUUUGAAAUAUGAAGAACGUAUUUGGAUGGUCGAAGAUGUAACUCAAAAAUUUAAAUCUAAAAAGACCGGGCACAUCAAAAGUGUCACUUGUCGUUUCUACAAGAAUGAUUUCUCAAUCAUGAAUUAUUUGGGCUGGUACGAGUUGAGAUUAUGUUUUGGAAUUGAUUUCACAUCCACCAAUGGUAUUCAACCAACCAUCAACAAGCGUUCUCUUCACUAUAUUGGCUCAAGUGCAGAGAGAAAACAAGCAACUCCAUUGAAUCCCUAUGAAGUGACCAUGGUUGGUAUCAUGCGUGCCAUUUAUCAAUAUGGUCAUCAACGUGAAAUGAAAAUGUAUGGAUUUGGAGUUUUAAAUCCAAAUAUUGUCUUUGAAAUGCAAGAAAAGAAACGUGUGGCUCGUGAGAGUGGUAUUAAGGAUGAAAAGACCAUGCUUCACACGUAUCGCAGAACUGUCAAGAAAGUCAUGUUUGGUCUCGACAACAAUUUCACCAAAAUUAUUGCUGAAGUUGCAGCAUUUGCUGAACGUUUGAAUCACUACUUUGUUUGUGUAAUCAUUACAGAUGGUGAUGAAAAGAUUAAUACUGAAUUGACACUCCAAUUAUUGAAACAAUCACAAUUUUGUGGUGUUUCAUUUAUUUUUGUUGGAGUGGGCAAUAAGUCUCUCUUUAAAAAUUUAAUGUCCUUCCAAACAAGUUGUAGAAAUGUUUCCUUUGUGAAAUUCAACGAGAAUAUGGAAUUGAAUGCCUUGCAUGCUUUGAGAGAAGUUCCUCAACAUAUGAGAGAAUAUUUGGCACAAAGAAAGGUGGUACCAGAAGAAUAUUAA